UUUAACCAGCCCGAUUCAGUCUUUUUUCCCCCACAUAACAGAACGGCCGGUUUUUAAUCAGUCGCUUACCCAAUACGACGCGUAGUUCACACGCGCUCCGUGGGCGGUAGUCUAAAGGCAAAACUAGUUCGCGCGCCAUUAUCAGAAUUUCGCUCUCUUCAGUCGAAACCAGACCAUUGCUCGCUAGUCCUGCUCCCUCCCUCCCUCCCUCUCUUCAUCUUCAUCCGUCUGCUUCUGCUUAGGGUUUCCAGUUCAUGCUCCCCAAUUCCGAUUAGGGUUUCGCAUUUUCCCCUUCGCAGAUGGACGAGUCUUCGCUGCAAGUUAUCUUCGACGUCGGCACUAAAUUGAGCAAACACAAUCGCUCAACCAAGGAUUACAUCGUCAAAUCCCUUCGGCAAGUCAUAGAUGCUUUUGCAUGCUUGGAACAGUCUUACACUCCAGAUGCUACAGGGAAGUCAGAACCGGCUAAAAUAUUAGAGAGUUCUACAAAGCCUCUAAGGAAAUCUAUAAUUAAUGGUCUUCUACGGAAUAGAGAUAAAGAUGUGAGACUUCUAUUAGCUAUAUGUGUUGGUGAACUUUUUCGAGUCAUGGCCCCAGAACCACCUUUUGAAGACAAGUAUCUAAGGGACGUUUUUAAACUUCUUUUGAGCCCUUUUUACGAGCUAGCAGAUACAACCAGUCCACUUUUCACUCACAGGGUCAAAAUACUAGAGACAGUGGCCCGAUGUAAAUGUUGUGUGAUAAUGCUUGACAUUGGAUGCAACGACUUGGUGUUGGAGAUGUUUAAUACAUUUUUCUCUAUUUUGAGAGACUAUCACGAGGAUGGUGUGGUAAAAAACAUUGUGUCAAUAAUGACUCAUAUUCUAAGCGAGGAUCCCUCUCUACCGCUUGUAGAUGUCGUUUUGCAUAAUCUUGUAAAGGAGGAAAAGGGUGAACCUACAGCUGCUUCUCGCAUUGCACUCUCCAUCAUUGAAACUUGUGCUGAGACGCUUGAGCCAUUUAUUUGUGGAUUCUUAACAUCUUGUCUUUCAGAGAGAGAUGUUGUGGGGAGUGAACUUAAAGAAUUUUACCAUGAAAUAAUUUUUAGAAUUUUCCAACGUGUCCCUCAAAUGCUUCUUGCUGUGAUUCCGAACUUGACUCUAGAGCUUUUGACGGAUCAAGUUGAUGUUAGAAUAAAAGCGGUUAAAAUCAUCGGGAGACUUUUAGCUCUACCUGAACACCAUGUAGCAAAGAAGUACCGAGGACUUUUUAUGGAAUUCUUGAAAAGGUUUUGUGACAAGUCAGCAGAAGUGAGAAUUCAUGCCAUCCAAUGUGCUAAAGAUUGUUAUAUGGCCAAUCCUGCUAGUUCAGAAUCUCUUGAAGUUCUGGCUGCAGUUGAAGAACGAUUAUUAGACUUGGAUGAUAGAGUGAGAACACAAGCAAUAGUUGUUAUUUGCGAUAUUGUCCGGUCAAAUAUCAAAUUUGUUCCAGUGAGACUAAUAUAUCAAGCUAUUGAAAGACUACGAGAUAAGAGGAUAUCAGUUAGAAAAAAAGCCCUUCAGAAAUUGUUGGAAGUAUAUCGAGAUUAUUGUGAUAAAUGUUCCAAAGGCCAAUUGAAUUUGAACGAUGACUUUGAACAGAUCCCAUGUAAAGUCUUGAUGCUUUGCUAUGAUAAAGAUUGUAAGGAGUACAGGUCCCAGUGCAUGGAAUUUGUUCUGGUGGAAGAUUUAUUCCCACCUCAUCUCUCUAUUGAGGAAAGGACUAUACACUGGAUUCAUUUAUUCUCUCUUUUCAAUAUCCAUCAUGAGAAGGCUCUCAGAUAUGUUUUUCUGCAAAAACAAAGGUUACAAAAUGAGUUGCAAAGUUAUUUGGCUCUACGAAAAAAGGACAAGGAGAACCGAUCAGAAGAGAUAGAAAAGAAAAUUGUAACUGCAUUUAUCAAUAUGGCAGCCUGCUUUCCAGAUCCUACAAAAGCAGAGGAGUCCUUUCAUAAAUUAAACCAAAUUAAAGAUAAUAAUGUUUUUAAUUUGUUGGAGCUCUUAAUGGAUAAAUUGACAAUUGUUGAAGCUCAGGCUACCAGAGACAAAUUUCUGAGGAUGAUAGGAAGUAAACAUCCUCAUUUUGAGUUUUUGAAAUCACUCUCCUUAAAGUGCUCACAUAAUUUAUUCAGCACAGAGCAUGUACGCUAUGCAUUAGACUGCAUUUUGAGUAACAGACUUGGAAACAAACAUUUGGAGGCUUCUGCCAGCAAGCUUCUUCUGGCUAUUAUCAACACUUUCCCCUCACUCAUCAGAGGCUCGGAAGGCCAGCUUCUGAGAUUGUUGGAAGAAAGAAACUCAAUUGAUAGUAGGCUGAUCAAGGUAUUGUCAAAAGCAGGCCCUCACUUAUCAAUUGAACUCAGAGAUGUAUACCCAUUUCUGGAGAGGUUAUGCUUGGAGGGUACUCGUGCUCAAUCAAAGAGUGCUGUUUCUGCCAUUUCUACUUUAGCUGGUACUUCUGGGCAUUUUUGGUUCUCUAAACUAUGUAAGGAACUUGUUGAUUCUCUACACAGAGGAAUAAAUCUCCCAACAGUAUUGCAAUCUUUAGGUUGUGUUGCAAAAUAUUCUGUUUCAACAUUUGAUGAUCAGGAUGUAGGGAUCACACCUUAUAUAUAUGAGAAAAUCCUCCAAGUGGACUUAUCAGAUGAUUUAAAUAUAUUAGAUGGUGAUGCUGCAUGUAGCAAUUCUUGCGAUUUAAAGAUUUAUGGGCUGAAAACACUUGUUAAGAGUUUUUUGCCACAUCAAGGAACUCCUCGAAGAAAUAUUGAUGAGUUUCUGAACAUUUUAUCAAGGAUGCUGAAAAUGUGUGAAACCUCGGUUGAGAUCAUCCCCACUGAAGAUUACAAGGCUCAAAUCAGAUUAGCCGCUGCAAAAUCAGUUAUUUGUCUUGCCAGAAAAUGGGAUUUACAAAUUGGACCGGAGAUUUUUCGUUUGACAAUCUUGAUGGCGAAGGACUCCUCUUCUGUUGUUAGAAGGCUAUUUAUUGAUAAAGCACACAAGUUACUAAAGGAGCAGGCUAUACCUACUCGAUAUGCUUGUGCUUUUGCAUUCUGCAUCUCGGAUAGUGUGAAAGAUCUUCAGGAUGAUUCACUUAAAUAUAUGGCAGAAUUUAUUGAGCAAUACAGUAAGAUAGCACAGAUUCAUCAAACUUCUGUGGUUCAAGAUGGAUCAAUGACUUUAUUCCCAGCAUAUAUCGUAGUGUUCUUGAUAUAUAUUCUAGCUCAUGAUUCAGGCUUCCCACAUUUAGACUGUCAAGACGAAAAAGUAUAUGCUCAAUUUUGUAGCCCACUUCUAUUUGUGUUGCAGAUGUUUAUCAAUGCAGAUGUAAAUGCUGCCAGGGAUACUGUUUUGUAUUUGCACAGUAUUUUUCGUGCCAUCAGAAGGGUGGAGGAUGCUGUCAAUAUUGAUAUAUCACCUAAGCUGCACAUCUUGGCAGACAUUGGACUCUCGUUUGUAACUUCUCUAAAUAAUUAUGGAGUCUCCCUGUCAUGUGCCCCAAAGCAGAUUUUACUGCCAUUGUCACUAUAUAGAGUAAAUUCCAGGCAGCUUUCUCAGCAUUCUUAUGAUGAAUGUUUUGUUGGAAGAGUUCUUAAGGCAUUUCAAUCUCAAAUCAUUUUGCCUGCAAAUACGACAAGAGGUGAUCAAAAGUGGCUGGAGAGUAACAUGCAAACAAACAUCAACCCCUGUUCCUCAAUGAGCAUGAGAGCUUGUAAGCAAGUUGAAAUCAUCACCUCAAAAGCAAUGAAAAAAAGUAAAAUUGUUAAUCAGGAGAAUAUUGUUGGCCGGAGGCGAAAACGAGCGGUCUCUCCAACGACGUCCACAUCAAUUGAAUUGCAUGAACGUUCUCAAGUUUUUCAACGAAAUUUUCCAACAAAUAGAGAUAAAAAUAAAUUAUCUUCUGAACUUGAAACCACAGAAGCUUCUCCGGUAGAAACACAUGCAUCCAUCCAGAGUGUGGAUAUGAAUGUAACUUCUCAGGACAAUGUAUUGGCAGACAGCAGUUUUGAUGAUGAGUCCUCAAUGCAUGUCAACGACCAGCUUACUAAUACAUGCAGUAUGAAGAUGUUGCAGGUCACAAAUAUUAGUGGGAAUGUUGAACUGCUGAGCUCAGAAACUGAUAGUUUGGAUACUAUACAAGAUGGUGUUUCCUAGUGUAAGGGGCAAGAGCAAUUAUGGGGAUGACAUGAAUAUGGGCAAUGGUUCCAAGACGGAGACAUGUCAUGUACAACCUUAGUUGUCGGAAGUCAAACGAAAAGCAGGAAUCAAUUACGAGCAUUUUACUGUCUUGAGUUGAGGUGUUAGUGUCUUACCCCUUUCAUUUUUGGGUUGUAAAAAUGGUAGUGUGCUUAGUCUUUAUAGAAAUGAACACUUGAUUUCCAUAAAAAGGAAAAAAAAAUAGU